AGGCUUUUAUAGAGGGUUGCAUUCUUUUCUCCAAAAGCAUUUGUUGUUCAAAUUGGUCAUUUUGACAGUUAACUGUCAGUUUGACCUGCAUUUCCAGGCUCACCUUGAUUAUUUCUGGAUGGGUUUAAGUGCUUGGACUAUAACUUGCAAGUGUAUCUCUUGAACUCAGGCAUUGAUCCUCUACCAAUGAAUAGCUGAGAGAGAAUCCUAAUGCUCCUGGCUAGCUGGUGGUGAGCAGGGGCUUUGGGGCCAACACGGUGGGCCCCCCAAAGAAACCCCUUUGAAACCAAUGGAUGCAUUCACGGGCUCGGGUCUCAAGAGGAAGUUUGAUGAUGUGGAUGUGGGCUCGUCGGUGUCCAACUCGGAUGAUGAGAUCUCCAGCAGUGACAGUGCUGACAGCUGCGACAGUCUCAACCCUCCUACCACUGCCAGCUUCACACCCACAUCCAUCCUGAAGCGGCAGAAGCAGCUGCGGAGGAAGAAUGUACGCUUCGACCAGGUGACUGUGUACUACUUUGCCCGGCGCCAGGGUUUCACCAGUGUGCCCAGCCAGGGUGGGAGCUCCCUGGGCAUGGCCCAGCGCCACAACUCUGUGCGGAGCUACACGCUCUGUGAGUUUGCUCAAGAGCAGGAGGUGAACCAUCGCGAGAUUCUUCGUGAGCACCUGAAGGAAGAGAAACUCCAUGCCAAGAAAAUGAAGCUGACCAAGAACGGGACAGUGGAGUCAGUGGAGGCUGACGGCCUGACCCUGGAUGACGUGUCGGACGAAGACAUCGAUGUGGAGAACGUGGAGGUGGACGAUUACUUCUUCCUGCAGCCUCUGCCCACCAAACGGCGACGGGCCCUGCUGAGGGCUUCUGGGGUCCACCGCAUCGAUGCCGAAGAGAAGCAAGAGCUUCGGGCCAUUCGCCUGUCACGGGAAGAGUGUGGUUGUGACUGUCGGCUGUACUGUGACCCAGAGGCGUGUGCCUGUAGCCAGGCUGGGAUUAAAUGCCAGGUGGACCGCAUGUCCUUUCCGUGCGGCUGCUCCCGGGACGGCUGCGGGAACAUGGCGGGGCGCAUCGAAUUCAACCCCAUCCGGGUGCGGACUCACUACCUCCACACCAUCAUGAAGCUGGAGCUGGAGAACUGCAACCCCGAGGCGCCGGCGGGGGAGGACUUCCGCCCCUGCUGGCCGCCCUCCAGCCUGGCCUUCCGCGCGGACAGCGAAGAGGCCUGCGGGGCCGAGAAGGCCCCCGCGCCCAGCGAGGCGCGGCCCCCGGAGGAGGCGUCCCUAGAACUGCCCCUGGCAGUGUGA